AUGACGCACGGCGAGGGCGUCUACCUUUACGACGACACCGGCAAACAAUACUUGGACUGGACCUCACAAGCCGUGUGUGCCAAUCUGGGCCACGACAUACCCAAGGCGGUAGUUGAAGCCGCUGCGUACCAAAUGUCCACCCUCCCCUUUACGUACGGUGGCACCGGUCUCACCGAAAUUCGCACCAGGACCAACCAACUCAUGGCGGAAAUAUUGCCGGGUGAUUUGCGCGCCGCCGUCUUUCCCAGUUCCGGAGCCGAAGCCAACGAAGCGGGCAUUAUGAUGGCACGGCGCUUUACCGGCCGUAACAAGAUUAUUUCCUGGUACCGAUCCUAUCACGGAGCGACAGCACACGCCGGUGCAGCGACGGGAGAUUUCCGACGCUGGUACGGAUCCGACAAUGUCCCCGGAUUCGUUAAAGCCUUUAACCCGUUUCCGCUCUUUUUCAAUCAUGGAGGCAAAGACGCCACGGAAGAAGAACGAGUCGAAGCGGCCCUCAAUAUGUUGGAGGAGCAAAUCUUGAACGAAGGACCGGAGCAAAUUGCGUCAAUAAUGAUGGAGCCAAUUGUGGGUGCCGGGGGAUGUUUGAUCAUGCCGGAUGGAUACAUGCAAGGGAUUCGUGCAAUCUGUGACAAGUACGGGAUUCUUAUGCACUUGGACGAGGUCAUGGUUGGUUUUGGACGUACCGGCAAAUUGUUUGGUUUUCAAAAUUACGACGGCGUCUUGCCCGAUAUCAUAUCGUGCGCCAAGGGAAUUUCCGGAGCGGCCAUUCCCUUGUCCAUGACGGCCUGUACGGAGGAGAUUAUGAAUUUUUUCGAAGACAAGCCGCUCGGAUGGGGGUCCACCUACCAGGCACACCCAGUUGCUCUAGCGGUGGCGUACGAAAAUGUCAAGUACCUGCUACAGAACGAUAUUGUUGGACGUGUGCAAACCAUAGCGCCCAUGUUCGAGUCACACAUGAAGAGACUGGCCGACAAACACCCCUGCAUCAAGCAGUACCGUGCGAUUGGAUUGUUUGGUUGCUUGGAUGUACAGGAUGUUUCCGGAAACAACCCAAAACUACAACACGAAGCCGCACACGACGCCUUUUUACUCUACAAAAAGGCCUACCACGACAACGGACUGGUCGGUUUGCACCGGUAUCCGCACAUUCACUGCGCGCCACCGCUGAUCAUUGAAGAAGAGGAACUCUCGGAUGGUUUUGAUCGGCUGGAUCGAUCCUUAGAUGUUUUGGAC